AUGGCCCGUAGAAGCAGUAAUCCAGCACCGAGGCGCGUGUCUGCUGCGCGUCGAGCGCCGGUUGUCACGCCGCUCCUCGCGCUGCUGCUGCUCUCGUCCUUCGCUCACCUGUCCCUCGCCAUCACUUGCGACUCGGAUCAAAACAUGUGGUACUGCGCGUCGGGCGAUGAGUGCGUGAGCGGCGACCAGCUGUGCGACGGCACGGCGGAUUGCGGCGACGAGAGCGACGAGCAGCCGUGGGAAUGCGGGGGAUACGAGGACGGCUGUCCGCCUGAGAUGAUGCCCUGUCCGCUUAUAAACAUCGCCAACGGCCCUUGGUGCUUCGACCCUGCAGCAGCAUGCGACGGCACGGCUGACUGCCCAUGCCUUGUCCGCUCACAUCCAUCGCCAGUGCUCCCUGGUGCUUCGACCCCGCAGCACCGUAUGACGGCACUCAUCCUCUCCUCCUCUCUUGCCCUUUUCCUCUUCACACCUUCCCGUCUGCAGACGUCCUGCCCUCUCACAUCCAUCGCAAAUGCUCCCUGGUGCUUCGACCCUGCAGCAGCAUGCGACGGCACGGCUGACUGCCCAUGCCUGGUCCGCUUACAUCCAUCGCCAGUGCUCCCUGGCGCUUCGACCCCGCAGCACCGUAUGACGGCACUCAUCCUCUCCUCCUCUCUUGCCCUUUUCCUCUUCACACCUUCCCGUCUGCAGACGUCCUGCCCUCUCACAUCCAUCGCAAAUGCUCCCUGGUGCUUCGACCCUGCAGCAGCAUGCGACGGCACGGCUGACUGCCCGUACGGCGCUGACGAGUGGCCGGGCUUUUGUGUCGACCUCAAGAGUACCUCCGACUGCCCGUUGACUCCGAAGCAAGUGCUCUGCCCCGGAAAACAAGCCUGCGUGACAGGUAUGGUAUGCGACGGCGUGGCAAACUGCGGUGCGGUGGCGGCCGAAGGGGGAGGGACGGUCGUUCCGGACGAAGAUCAGGAUUACUGCUCGGUGUACGAGUGUUCAGAGGGGUACUGGAAGUGUUCCGAUGGGGUGCAGUGCAUAGAUGAAACGCUCAAGUGUAACGGCAAGGCGGAUUGCAGGGACGGGAGCGAUGAGAAGGGCUGCGGCAGUGGCAGUACGACUCCCCCACCAGUUGUAACGACUCCACCUCAAGAUGUAACAACCCCUCCUAAAGAUGCAACCGGUGGAGGGGCUACAGGGGGCACGUCUGGUGGGACAUCUGGAGAUGAAACGAGUGGAGACGGGACGGGAGAUGAAACGGGAGAUGAAACCAGCGGGGAUGGUGGGGAAGAGGGAACGGGGGAUGAAACGAGUGGAGAUGAAACUGAGGGUGGUGAUGGUGCUGCUGACGGAACGGGAGGAGAUGAAACUGACACGAGUGGUACGGCGGACGAAGCGGAAGGGGGGAACACAGUUGGUGUGGGAGAGGGAGGACAAGGCGGAACAGGAGGGGGAGGGGGAGUUGGGGGGGAAGGAAAAGGCCAAGGGAAAGGAGCAGACAAACCGCCACCAUCUCAAGACCACCCUCCUGCCAAGAAGAUCCUACCUGUCAUCCCUCCUGUCCCAGGGUCGAUUGGAAAGGCUCUUGGGGGUGCGAGCAGCUCAGUCAGCAAUGCAGCCCAAGGUGCAGCUAAGAAGAUUGGAGAGGUUACAGCAGGAAUGAAGAAGCUUAUAACGGAGCGCAAUGCGAAGAAACCCAAGCAGCCAGGUUCAGGAUCGGGUGGAAAUGCUGGGACCGGAGCAGGCGGCGCUGCAGGUGAUUCUUCAGGUGGAAACGCAGGUGGAACUGGUGCUGACCCGGUACACACCACACCUGAAUCUAGCUCUACUCCCAAAACCCCUAGCGCCACUGGGGGAACAGGAGGCAGCAGCAGCAGCAGUGGCAGUGGCACUGUGAAGGCUCCACUGGUGGGGGGGUUGGUGGGGGAGGUGGUAUCUAAGGCAGGAAAACAGUUAGAUGCGGUGAGGAAUGCGGUGAAUGCAGCAAGUAAGAAAGGGGUGGAGCUGGGGAGGAAGGGAAAGUCAGGCGGUGGGGGGUCGGCAAGAGGAGGGGUUAUGAAACCUGUUACCGGGGUCAAGGGAGCUAUUCAGGGUGCUGCUCAGUUGAAGAAGUUGCAGCAGAAGGCUUCUGCGGGUUCAGGUGCUGCAUCAGGUGUCGUCUUGAGUGGGAAGGGCAAGAGGAAUAUGCAGAGCAAGGAGAAGAAAGGAAAGAAGAAGGAUGUGAAGAAAGGGGGACAGAAGCAGAAGGCAAAGAACCACCAGAGGUCAAGGAAAGGUUGA